AUGUUUCUCCUUGCUACAAUUUCCGAUCUUGUCCAGAUCAGACCAGAAGAUUUCUCAAAGUUUAGCGCAGUAGCUAUCGAGGAUAACAUCAACGAGAAAUAUGCCAACAAAGUAAUUCAAAAAAUCGGACUAUGCAUCGGAUUUUAUGAUCUGCUCAAGUCCUCUGAUGGAUUAAUCGGCCAUGGCACUGGUUUGGUCAAUGUGAAUGUCACAUUUCGACUCAUAGUCUUUCGUCCCUUCAAAGGCGAGAUCUUGCUGGGAAAAAUCGCCAGUGCAUCUGAAGAAGGUCUCAAAAUCAACUUGGAAUUCUUUGGCGACAUAACCGUGCCCGCCGCUCUACUCUUUGACGGGUCCCGAUUUGACCUCGCAGAAAACAUCUGGAUCUGGGAAACGGGUGAAAACACAUACUACUACGAUAUUGGAGAAAUAGUCCGGUUUCGCGUAGAAUCGGAAGAAUGGCACGAUCAGAGACCUACAGGGCCUGAUCGGGUGGAGGCACAGACGGCGUCAGAGAACAAGCCUCCAUACUCGAUACGGGCAUCCAUGAUGAUGGAGGGCUUGGGACUGGUUAGCUGGUGGGCUUGA